AUGCUGCAGUUUCGUAAUCUGGAAAGGGGUGUUGACAUCCUAGUUGCCACUCCUGGGCCCCAGGUUGAUAUGAUAGAACGAGCUAGAGUGUCGCUUUGGAAUGUGAAGUUCUUGGCUCUAGAUGAGGCUGAUAGGAUGCUGGAUAUGGGGUUUGAGCCUCAAGUUCGGAGAAUUGUCCAGCAAAUGGAAAUGCCAUGUGCAGGUGUCAGGCAGACUAUGCUUUUCAUUGCAACAUUCCCUACUGAGAUACAACGACUUAAGCUAGUGAUGGAUUCCAUUAUUUGGGCUUUCCGGCGUACUGUAUGGAAUAUUGCUGAAACUGGAUUGGUACUUUUACUAGAGAUUCUCAAGAAAUUUCAGGCCUCUGAAUUCCGUAAUCAAUUUUACCAAUCAUACUUUUUAAGAAUCGAGGAGGAGAUGUUCGUGGUUUUAACAGAUACAUUUCAUAAGCCUGGGUUCAACCUACAGGUUUUAGUGCUGCCGCAUUUAUUUAGUCUGGUAGGAUCAGAUACAUUAACAGAACCUUUGUGGGACAUCUCCACAGUUUACUACCAGUAUUCAAAUAAUGAAAUGUUUGUGCGUGAAUAUACCAAUAAGCUCUUACAGAAGAUGCUCCCAAACAUGACAGAGGCUGAGGUUGCACGAUUUGUGAGAAGGCUUCUUGAAUCAAAGUCUGAGCUCUCCAAAUUUAAGCACCAUAUGAGAGACUUCCUUCUGUUAUCAAAAGAACUUCAGCUAGGGUAUACUUUGACAGCUCAUGAUUGCUGCUUGCUGUUCUUCCCUUCUCUCACACAACGAACUUUCUCUAUUCUAAAGUCCACCGAAUUAGGGAACUCCCUCAGAACAAAAAUAUUACAGCAACGGAUGUUGAGUGCCCUGAAGUCCUCAUCUGGGAUGUUAAAGCCCAACCUUAAGCAUGUUGUUCAAGAGGCAGGGGAGUCUCGCCUUGAUUUGGCAUUGACAGGAUACAAGGAUAUUGUUGAAUUUGCCCUCAUAACGUGCCCAUCCGAACCCUUAGAGCUUUCUGGAGGGAAGGAUGAGAUUGCGGUCCUCUGGAAUAUUCAAGAUCACAGAUAUGCAUCUGCUAGUAAUGGAUCAAAGGCCUUCUGUUCUACUGGGUCAAUCAUUAAACUUGCUGAUGGUUCUCCUGUCUGGCCACAUGGUUUUUUCAGGGGCGUAAUUAUAUUGUUGAAGAUGUGCAGUGUUGCCCAUCAAGGAAAUAGGCCAAUGUUGAAGGGAACCCCAGAUAAGGUUUUUGCCAAGAAGCUAUCCUCUGCAGCUGAAAUCAAGAAGGUUGACGAGGGUAGUUCUGAUGGGAAAGUGAAGAAGUGGAUGCUACUAUUUCUGGUGGAGAGUUUGAGGAUGGUCUCAACUGAGAGCAGCUCGAAUAAAACAUCUUCAGAAAGUGAUGAUGAAGGGUUGUCGUCUGAGGAAGAGAAGCCUAGCAAGGCCCCUCAAAAAAAGGAGGAGAUAAUGGCAAUUGAAAAGCAUUACGAGGUUCCCUUCAAAGAACAAAUGGAGAUUUCUAAGUGUACAACCAAAAUAAAUCUUGGCAUCGGAGAUUUUGUGCGGUUCAUCUUGGGAAUCAAAGUUUUCUCCAAUGCUAUUAUAGAUGAAGACGGUAACAUGGGUAUGGCUGCUGUUUUGAACACAUUGUAUAACUUCAAAGAAACAGAUGGAUGCAAAGUUGACAUCCAGUGGGUGCCAUCAAAAGUAAAUGCUGCAGCAGAUUAUGCGAGUAGGCUGGCUGCGAGAUCAAUGAGAGAUGUUGCUGGUGUGCAAGAACGUCUUGAAAAGAUAAAAAAUGAAGUUUAUCUUAUUAUUCCAUCUUCGUGGUAG